GGUGAUUUCCUACACUUUUUCGAAGCUUGAGGAGGAAGAGUGCCUCGGUAUUGGCGAUGAAAAUUAAGACUCAAUCAUGUCGUUCAUGAUGAAUAAGCGGAGCACUACUUUUUUGACCAAAGAAAGGCAGCACAGUUAAAGAAAGAAAGGCAUAAAAAAAUAAAAUAGAAAAGCAAAGGGUGGAAAAUAAAGUUGUCCCUUUGACAAGCACUUCUUAGCUCUCUCUCCACCUUUCUUUAUUGCUCCCUCCCUCCUUUCCCCUCUCCCACACGCUUCUUCUUAUCCUCAUUCACCAUUUUCCCUUUCCCCAACUCCAACUCGCACCUCACACCCUUCAACUUCCACUUAUAGAAAAAUCAAGUGCACGUAUGCAACAAUGCCUCAGUACCAAGAAGACCUAGUGGCAACACAAACAACAACGACCACAGCAACCAUGAAGGAUGCCAAUGGUGCUAACGUUUUGGAUCUGAAAACGUUGAUUGAGGAACUUGAGUCAUCGAUUGAGGUCCCUUCCGUUUUUAUCUGCCCAAUCUCGCUCGAGCCAAUGCAAGACCCCGUCACCCUUUGCACGGGACAAACCUACGACCGUUCCAACAUCCUCAAAUGGUUCUCCCUCGGCCACAACACCUGCCCCACCACAAUGCAAGACCUCUGGGACGAUUCCGUCACGCCCAACACCACUCUCCACCACUUCAUCCUCUCCUGGUUCUCGCAGAAGUACUUGGCCAUGAAGAAGAAGCUCGAGGACGUUCAAGGCACCGCCUUGGAGCUCCUCGACACGCUCAAAAAGGUCAAGGGUCAAAACAGAGUUCGCGCCCUCAAACAGCUUCGCAAACUCGUCGAUUCCCAUCUCUCCACCAGGAAAACCGUCGAGGAAAACAACGGGCUUGCUUUGAUUUCUUCCCUGUUGGGUCCUUUCACCUCGCACGCGGUUGGGUCGGAAGCGAUUGGGAUUCUUGUCAAUUUGGAUUUGGGUUCGGAGCUGAAGAGGAAUCUCAUGCAACCCGCGAAGGUUUCUUUGUUGGUGGACAUCAUGAACGAGGGAACCAUCCAGACGAAGAUGAAUUGCGCCAAGUUGAUUCAAAUGUUGUUGGUGGAAGGUAACCCCUCGGAGACAGUUGUCUUAUCAAGUUUGAGUCUUUUGGUCGGGGUUUUAAGGUUAGUGAGAGAUAAAAAGCACCCAACAAGCGUUUUAACCGGACUCAUAUUACUAAAAAUUGUGUGUUCGCGGGAAUCGGUUAGAAGCACAAUUGUAAGCAUAGGAGCAGUGCCUCAGCUGAUUCAGCUUUUGCCCACUUUGAACAACGAGUGUUUAGAGAUAGCCCUCAACAUUCUCGAAGUCUUGUCAACACUUCCUGAGGGAAGAUUGGCUUUGAAAGAGUGUCCCAAUAUUAUUCCCAGUGUGGUGAAGUUGUUGAUGAGAGUCUCGGAAAGUUGCACACAAUUCGCAUUGUCGAUUUUGUGGGCUAUUUACAAGCUUGCCCCUGAAGAAUGUGCUUCAAAAGCUGUUGAAGCAGGGUUGGCGGCGAAGCUACUUCUAGUGAUUCAGAGUGGUUGCAACCCAGUACUAAAGCAGAAAUCUGCGGAGUUUUUGAAAAUGUGCAGUUUAGAUUACUCUUCUAGCAUCUUGAUUUCUAAGUGUAUGCUUACUGCCACAAUACAAUGAAAAUGAAGAAACAUUUGUUCAUAGCUAACUUCGUAUACGUAUACUUGUUUGUGGCAAUUGCAAAUUGACGGUCGGAACAUAACAACUAGUUGGUGGUACUACUAAUUAGGUUAGAGUUGGUUGGAAAUUCAAAUCAGCACGUAUCGGAUAACGCUGUGUGCUUUUGAAAUAAUUGUGGGAAGCUGAGUUGUAAGAUCAUAGAAAACGAUAAUGUAAUAGUAGUCCAAUUUAUACCGAAGCCCCACUUUUUUG